AUGUCCGACUUCUCCGUGGACGGGGUGAUCGGGGAAUACUCAGGGCAAGAUUUCUCUGUCAAGGCCACGUUCACUGUGUUCCUGUGCAUCGCUCUUUACAACUCCCUCGAACUAUUGGUGCUCAUUUUCGCCUCCUUCCGACGUUAUCGUGGGCUAUACUUCUGGAGUCUGCUUUGCUCCACGCUACUAGGGGUCAUCCCGCAGUCUCUGAGCUUUCUCCUAAAGUACUACAAUAUAGGGCCACUCUGGUUCUCUCUCACAUUGUCGACCAUCGGAUGGUAUUUUAUGGUCACAGGACAAGCGCUCGUGCUAUUUUCGCGCCUGAAUAUUGUUGUGCAGGACUUGACUGUUAGCCGUCUUGUCCUAGCAAUGAUAGUUAUCGACGCCAUCGUUUUGCAUGUCCCAACCACCGUGCUCACGUAUGGGUCGAACUUCAUCAGUACCCCGGUUUGGACUCAUGGCUACACAAUAAUGGAGCGCAUCGAACUCACCGGCUUCUGUCUCCAAGAAUUCAUCAUUUCCGGCAUCUAUAUCUCUAAAACCAUCGAAAUCCUUCGCAUGCCGUUCCCGAGCACCCAUGGCCACAACCCGAACAGGAAGAUUAUGUACCAGCUGCUCGUCAUCAAUGCCUUGAUCAUCAUGAUGGACGUUGUGCUGUUGGUAUUUGAAUAUAUGAACUAUUUUGUCAUCCAAACUACUCUCAAAUCGAUGGUAUACAGCAUCAAACUAAAGCUUGAAUUCGGUGUCCUCAGCCGUCUUGUCUUUCUGGUGCAGUCACAUCGCGAUUGGCCACAAGAAUCACGCGAGUUUGAUGACUUGUUAUGA